AUACAAAUUAUAUCGGUGUCUAUAAUUGGUCGUGUUUUCUUCAAUAUAAAGUCUAUCGCCCAUCCCAGAAGGUUCCAUGGGCUCGAAGGUUGCAGGUAACUGCAGAAUUUCCGACAUAUAUAAUUUUUAGGGAAAACGUUCACAUUGACAGGCAAUUAAAAAAAAUGUCUGUUUGUGGUCUGGUCAGGUUGCUGGGCAGAGGACAGGCGACAACAGCUGUUCGUCGGUGUAUUUCUCUCCCUCCAGAAAUCCUGUACUGCCUUGACUUUUCCGUUGAAUUUCACUCUCCCAAGUCUGGCGCCCGUUGUCCCGCCCUGGUUGGAUAACAUGCUGCGCUGGUUGGCUGCUUAUUAUCAAUGGAAUGUGGAACAGCUUUGCCAUUGGUCAGUGCAGCAUCAUUCAAUCCAAUCAAUCGCCCCUUGGCCGUCCAGCUUUCGAGUUGCCUGGAGUUUGGCGUCCCCUUAUUUUUGUUUCUCGCUACGGUCUCCCUUUCUACUAGUUCGGGAACGGAGCAGUUUAUGCAAAUACAAUAGGCGUGCCAUGGCCGUGACUCACAACCGGAACUGCACACAGGAGCCGUAUAAAAACUAAUGGGAGAGUUAAUACGCAGAUAGCGAAAGCUUUGCACGGUUGAUGGAAUAACAGUGCAGGGAAAGUGGAAAAGGGGGGAGGGGAAGAAGAUAUAGUGCGGGGGGGUGAAUCGAUCUCAUCUGCAUUUUUUUAAAAUCUUUCAAGUGAGCUGGUGAAUUACAAUGGCUGAUGAAAAUGACAGCAAUAAAUGCAAUAGUUUUAACGUGUUGAACUGGGAACAAGUGCAGCGGCUGGACAGGAUCCUAACGGAGACCAUCCCAAUCCAUGGGCGAGGCAAUUUCCCGACGCUAGAGGUGAAGCCCCGGCAAAUCGUGCAGGUGGUGCGGAGCCGCUUGGAGGAGAAGUGCAUCUGUGUGCGGGACGUGAGGCUGAACGGUUCGGCCGCCAGUCACGUCCUGCACCAACACAGCGGACUGGGUUACAAGGACCUGGACCUCAUCUUCCGGGCGGACCUCAGCGGCGACAAGGAGUUUCAGAUCGUCAAGAACGUGGUGCUGGACUGCCUGUUGGAUUUCCUACCGGAGGGUGUCAACAAGGAGAAGAUCACGCCGCUGACCCUGAAGGAAGCCUACGUGCAGAAGAUGGUCAAGGUUUGCAACGACUCCGACCGCUGGAGCCUCAUCUCGCUGUCCAACAACAGCGGUAAGAACGUGGAGCUAAAGUUCGUGGACUCGUUAAGGAGGCAAUUCGAGUUCAGCGUGGACGCUUUCCAGAUCAAUCUGGACUCGCUCCUGCUCUUCUACGAGUGCUCCGAGAACCCCAUGUCCGAGCACUUUCACCCGAGCAUCCUGGGCGAGAGCGUGUACGGCGACUUCGCCGAGGCCCUGGAGCACCUGCAGCAGCGGCUGAUCGCCACCAGGAACCCCGAGGAGAUCCGCGGCGGCGGUCUGCUCAAGUACUGCAACCUGCUGGUGCGGGGCUUCCGAGCCGCCUCCGAGAGCGAGAUGAAAGCCAUGCAGAGGUACAUGUGCUCUCGCUUCUUCAUCGAUUUCUCCGACAUCGGCGAGCAGCAGCGCAAGCUGGAGUCCUACCUGCAGAACCACUUCAUGGGGCUGGAGGACCGUAAGUACGACUACCUCCUGACCCUGCAGCGGGUGGUCAACGAGAGCACCGUCUGCCUCAUGGGCCACGAGAGGAGGCAGACGCUCAACCUCAUCACCAUGCUGGCCCUCCGCGUCCUGGCCGAGCAGAACAUCAUCCCCAACGUGGCCAACGUGACCUGCUACUACCAGCCGGCACCUUAUGUCACCGACGCCAAUUUCAACAACUAUUACAUCGCUCACGUACAGCCGGUGUUCCCUUGUCAGCAGCACAACUACUCUACUUGGCUACCCUGCAACUGAAAGGAGGCAUGGGGGUGAGAGUGACACAGGACGGGUGGGUGAGGAUGAGCACGGGGUGAGAUCUAACGCCGGCAGGGCAGCUGAGGGGUUAAAGCCGCCGGGACUGGGACAGGGAGGCGCUCGCAGCCAGUAUCAACGACGGGGGGGGGGGGGGGGGGGGGGGGGGGGGAGAGGGCUGGGGCGCAGGGCAGCAAGGUUGGCCCAGGCUCGGUUUGUUUAGUGCAAUGUUGAUCUGCUCCAACUUUGAGCAUUUUUAAAUUCAAAGGAAUUGGCUCUUUUAUUGGAGAGGAUCGAUUUUUUUUUUGAAACGACGACAAAUCGAUUCAAUCCCGAGUCUGAAGAUGGACAUCUCGACUAUAAGAAACUCUGCUCUGGCUCUCUCUUCUUCUCUUCCCCCCCCCCCCCAACACACACACACACACACACACACACACACACACACACACACACACACACACACACACCUCCCCCGCCCCCUCCCACUCUUGAGGUCUGGCCGAGAACAGACAACAUGGGAUUUCAGCACCCGUGGCCUUUUCUGAUGAGGAUUGAAGAGCCUCUUGAUUUUUUUUGUUUAGAUGCUGAUUCGUAGGUGAGGGGAGACCCUCCUCGUUUUCCCUUCUCACCUGCUCUCCGACCCAUCUGGUAAGUCGAAUGUAGCAAAGAAAUGGAACGCGGUGAACAGCGUUGUUUUUUGCCUUCUGCUAAAGAGGGAGCGGUAACAGUUACACUUCGGUUUGCAAACACUAUGGCUGAUGCACCGAGGGAAACUGUUUCAUCACAGUUGCUUGCUUUUCUUUAUUUUGUUUUUGGAGAGUGCUUUUUGAAAAUCCGAGCGUUUGCUCCAGACACAUGCAAGACUGUUAGCGGAUGACGACAGAAGUCGCUCUUGUGCUGUCCACGGCUCCCGGUUAGAGAGCGCACGGUUUACUUUCUUACUGAUCGUGGAAAGGUGCAGAACGCUGUGACUAAUUGUUUAUGGACCAAAGAUUUUUUUUCGUUUUUAUAUAUCCAUAUCUAUAUCUUAAAAACAAAACCCAAGGAAAAAAAAGAUGUGGCUAAUUUAUUUGUCUACAUGAACAUGAAUCAAGUGCCUAUUGCCUAUAGCGAUGGAAUGGAGAUACUGUAUUCAAAUCUUGUGGCUUAAUCCACAUUUUUUCUUUACAUCAGGGACAAAAAAAAACGUGUUCUUGCACGAAUUACUAAAUUCCCUAUUUUCUUGAAAAAUACUUGUAUUAAAAAAAAUUCUGUUUAUGUGAUAGUUUAAAAGUAUGUAUUGUCUUGGACGGUGUAGCACUUAGGCAAGUGUUUAAGCAAAGUACUUUAUAUUUUCCAGUUUGUAAUAAGUUCCUUGGCGCUUUUUUCCUCGCCUCAGAUUACAGGUACGCUACAGCUGCAUUUGAGUGUCUAAACUUACAGCCUACAUGGGUAUCCGGUGGGGGAAAAAUAAAGUUGGGGAUGGAAGAAAGACUGUGAAUUCUUUUUUGUUUGGUCAGCCAAACAAAUGGUGGAGUAGAUAACCUAGCAAAUCCAAUGAAAUCCUGUUAGAAGCCAGAGAUUGGCACAUUCUAGCAUUGCCCAGCAGCAAGCUUUCAAAUGAUGGGGAGAAAAAAAAGCUGACCCAGUACUUCAUUAAGAAUAACACAUUUUGGACAUGGUUGAUUUGAUUUGUCAGGGUCAUGUACUCAUUUAAUUUGACAGUUGUUGGGAACAAGCCUAUUUUUUUUUUCUGACCACCAAAGAAAAAGGAAACCCUGACAAUGGCUUUGAACUUAAUGAUAUUGGAAGUGAUUGAAUCUGGUUGGGAGACUGAGCCAAUGACUAAAUUGGAAAUAACAUUCUCCUGGUUCUGCAUAUUUGACAAGUGUGCUGCAAUGAAGGGAAAAUAUUUUUCUUUAUUGUUGCCUGAAGUUAAACAGUAACAGCUCAAAAUUGCAUCACUAUUUUAAUUGAAAUGUACUUUCCCUUCUGUUUACUACAAUAAAAAUAUAUAAUUUAGUUUUAUAAUAAAUUGUGUAGUUAAUUUUUUGCUUCCAAAUGCUUGUCAGCAGUAAAUUGUGCCUAACAUGCUGGGCCUCAGCACCCCAAUGAUAAAUUUGCCUUUUUCAAAGUUUCCUCUUUUAGCGGUGCAUGUUUCCAAGGUUUGUAACCACAUCAUCCAGUAAAAGAAUUGCUGUAAGCCCUCUGAAAAUUGCAAGAGUUUAAACAGAUUGGGGUGGCGGGGAAGAAACUAAGCACUUUGAACUAAAUCAAGAACUGGGAGAAACCCUCAAUUUGCAAAGGGAGAGAAGUGCCAGAUGAUGAGGUUGAAACUAUUAUUUAAAAAAUACUUGCUUGAAUAGUCAGUUUUGAAAUUUUGGUCUGUUACUUAAAUGAAAAAUCUUCAUUUGUGGAGAUGGGGCUAAAAGUCCACAAUUCAAGGGGAUUUACUGUAUCAAUGUAUUCUGCAUUGUUUAUCAAGAACUCCAUUUGUUUAUUGUUGCACAUUACUUAUUCAUACUGCAAUGUUUGACAGCCUCUUGAAAUGCAGCACACUAAUGUUUACUUGAGAGAACUGAAGGUGGGGGCAAGUAAUACCUUCUCUGUUUUAAGUUAGAUGGUGUGUAUCUUGCUGUUUAUUUGGUGUAAUACUCUGGUGAUUGAUCAUGUAAAAGGAUUUACUUCCUUCAGUUCAUACAAGUGGAUGCCAAUGAAAUGUACCUGACAGCUACAAUAUGAGGCUUUGAAUAGAAAUGCAGGGAGAAGAGCAGGGGAAAUGGGAUCAGCUGGUGAUGGGGUUGUGUUCAUUAUUGUUGCUUAUUUGAAGUUACCAUCGAGGUCACUCUCUUCAUCAGUGAGACAUCCUUUCUGGGGUCAGCAUUACUUCCAGAGCAGUCAGUAGGCAUUAAAUAAACUUAAUUUAAAAAAAAAACUCUGCAAAAUAAGAACUUUGAAGCUUUGUCUUUCAAGCACAGGGUGGGGCUGGAUGUUGGGAAAAGGAAGAUCUAACAUGGAUCACUGCCACAUUAACAAAAUUGUUAAAUAAAAUGCAAUGUUAUGGCAAAUGGUGAGAAGUAGCCAGAGUGUAUUUUUAAACUUUAGAUGGAAAUUGAGACCAGAAACAGCCAUGUGCUUUCAUGUGUUUAGUUGGUGGAGGGGAGGUGGAGGAAUUCUCAAUUCAAAGCACAGUAACAAUGAGGGCUCAAAUAUCAAUAUUCUGUUCUGUAACAGUGAACAGGAUUUUAGCUGGAUGUGGCACUUUCAUCACCAGUGAUGUUUUGUUUUAAAUAGUUGGCUUUUAUAUUUAAACACAUAGUGGAUAAAUCAUUACAACAUGCCUUCAUUCUUGAAUUGGAUUAGCUAUAGUUUACUUUUUGUUGUUGCUUUAAUUUGUACUAAAGUAUCCCCUAAAGUAUGUGUUUAAAAUGCAUACUUGUAUUUUCCUCCCCACUGCUUAUACCACUGGUGAGGUGAAAACUGCUAUUCCAACUAGAUAAUAAAGUGCACCAGCUGAAAUUCUGAAUGAGUGCUUGUAGCUUGCAAUCUUAAGCUAAAUAAACUGUAUUCCAUUUUGUGAUUGAUUGAUUGCUUUUGUUGUGUUGGAAUGUUAAUCUUCCACCCCCUUUCCCUAACCCCCCCCCCCCCCCCCCAUUGUAAAAUAAAAACUAUUAUCACAAGGACUUGUGGGCAAAAUGAACAAUUUCAGUGCCCAAAAAUCCACAACAUCUUGGUUAGCUUGCUGCAAACCUUGGAAUAUGAAGGAGGCUCUGUGCAUUUACUUUCUCUUCAACUGCCACACAUAUAUUUGGCUUCUGAGAGGCUUCCUGUUGCAGCAAACUGUGACUUGGAUUUGUCUGCUGGACUUUCAGUGACUGGAGGCUCUGUCAAAGAGGAAACCGAAUAGCUGACGGAACCUAGACUUUGAAGACUUAAGCAUCUGUGUCAGUCACAAAGGGAACAGAUUGUGAAUUUGUUUACACAAUCCAAUAUUUGGAUUUUUUGGUAAAUAAAAGUUAU